GUCUGUAAGUGUUAAAAAGAGUAGAAAGAUGACCAGGUGUUUGAUUUUAUGUCUAUGCAUGGUAAUGCUUUCCAUUACUGUGGCUCGCGCCAUGAACGAAACAUGCGUCGACGACAUUACCAUAGUGUUGCAGAUCGACUUGUAUCGAAACAGCUGCCCCGAGGCCGAAUCCAUCAUCUUCUCCUUCGUCGAAAAUGCAGUGUCCCAAGAUGCUAGAAUGGCGGCUUCGUUGCUUCGUCUCCAUUUCCACGAUUGCUUUGUUAAUGGUUGUGAUGGUUCGGUGUUGUUGGAUGAUACCGAGGAUUUCGUCGGCGAGAAAACCGCACCGCCAAACUUGAAUUCGCUGAGGGGAUUUGAAGUUAUCGACGCUAUUAAAUCGGAGCUCGAAUCUGUCUGCCCUCAGACUGUUUCUUGUGCGGAUAUUCUUGCAACUGCUGCCAGAGACUCCGUUGCUAUUUCAGGGGGACCAAGUUGGGAAGUGGAAAUGGGGAGAAAAGACAGCUUGGGUGCUAGUAAAGAAGCAGCAGCAAACAACAUUCCAGGCCCAAAUUCGACAGUGCCAACACUUGUCACCAAGUUCCAAAACGUUGGCCUCUCAUUAAGUGACAUGAUUGUGCUUUCUGGUGCACACACGCUGGGGAUGGCUCGAUGUUCGACUUUCAGCGCGCGGCUUCAGGGCUCGAAUGGCCCGGAUAUCAACGUCGAUUUCGUUCAAAACCUGCAUCAACUGUGCUCUCAAACGGACGGGAACACAAGGCUCGCACAGCUCGAUCUGGUCAGCCCCGCGACAUUCGACAACCAAUAUUAUGUUAACCUUCUUUCUGGGGAGGGAUUGCUGCCGUCCGACCAGGUGCUCGUCACGGAUGAUUAUCAAACUCGACAACUGGUACUCUCCUAUGCCGAGGACCCUUUGGCCUUCUUCGAGGACUUCAAGGAUUCGAUGCUGAAAAUGGGAAGCUUAGGGGUACUGACCGGGACAGAUGGCCAGAUUCGGAAGAAUUGCCGUGUUGUUAAUUAA